CCCUCCCUCAGGCCGCGGGGCGCGACAUGGCGGCGGGGCGGGCGUUGCUGCCGCUGCUGGCGGCCGCGAUGCUGCUGGAGCCAGCGGCCGCCGUCUGGCCCCAGCCCCAGGCCCAGCGCUCCCCGCCGGGUGGCGGCCGCUGCCCGCUCUCUCCCCGUCGCUUUCAGUUCGCCUACGCCGGCGGCUCCGCCGUGGGGCCGGGCUGCGCCGUGCUGGAGGCGGCCUUCCAACGGUACCGGGCGCUGCUCUUCGCCGCCGCCCGCCCGACCGAGAGUGAGCCGCUGUGGGGGACAGCCUGCAAUCAGCUCCUCAUCUUUGUUGCCACGCCAGGCUGUGAUGGGUUUCCCAGCCUGGACUCCAAGGAAAACUAUAAGCUCUCUGUCUCAGAAGGAUCCUUGCUGCUCUCUGCGGAUGCUGUCUGGGGAGCUCUCAGAGGCCUGGAGACAUUCAGCCAGCUCAUUGGGAGAGACGAGAAUGGCACGUACUACAUCAACAAGACAGAAAUCGUGGACUUUCCCCGCUUCCCUCACCGGGGACUCUUGCUGGACACCUCUCGUCACUACCUGCCUCUGAGAACCAUCCUGGAAACUCUGGAUGUCAUGGCUUACAACAAGUUCAAUGUGUUUCACUGGCACAUUGUGGAUGACCCAUCUUUCCCCUACGAGAGCUUCACCUUCCCAGAGCUCAGCAAGCAGGGAGCCUUCAACCCCAUGACCCACGUGUACACAGCCAGCGACGUGCAGACAGUGAUCGAGUACGCCCGGCUGCGUGGCAUCAGGGUCAUCGUGGAGUUCGACACUCCUGGGCACACCCUCUCCUGGGGUCCAGGUGCUCCAGGCCUGCUGACUCCCUGCUAUUUGGGCAAGGAACCUUCUGGGACCUAUGGGCCCAUCAACCCCAUCCUUAACAGCACCUACAAGUUUGUGACCGAUUUGUUUCAAGAGGUCAGCACUGUAUUCCCAGACUUCUUUCUUCACCUCGGUGGCGAUGAGGUAGACUUCACGUGCUGGAAAUCCAAUCCAAAAAUCCGUGCCUUCAUGAAGGAGAUGGGUUUUGGUGAAGAUUACAAGAAAUUAGAGUCAUUCUACAUCCAGAGGCUUCUUGCCAUCAUCUCUUCCCUCGGCAAAGGUUAUAUCGUGUGGCAGGAGGUGUUUGACAACGGAGUGGAGGUGAGGCCAGACACCAUCGUCCACGUGUGGAAGGAGAACCCCACACCAUACAUGGAGGAAAUGGCGAAUGUCACCAAGGCUGGCUACCGGGCUUUGCUCUCUGCCCCCUGGUACCUCAACCGCAUCUCCUAUGGGCAGGACUGGAUGGCAGCCUACAAAGUGGAGCCCUUGAAGUUCGAAGGCAGCCCCGAGCAGAAGGACCGGGUGAUCGGCGGAGAGGCGUGCAUGUGGGGUGAAUACGUGGACGUCACUAACCUGACUCCCAGGCUCUGGCCGAGAGCUGGGGCCGUAGCAGAGAGACUGUGGAGCAACGCAACCGUCAGGGACCUGCAAGAUGCCUACGUGCGGCUGGCCGAGUUCCGCUGCAAGCUUCUUGGGCGUGGUGUCCGGGCGCAGCCUCUCUACGUAGGAUACUGUGAAAAUGAAUUUGGCGGGUUUUGAAGGGAGAGUCCCGCUGCCCUCGGUCACUGCGCACACAGGAGGAAUGAUCCCGCCCUCUCAAGAGCUGCCAUCUUGGCCAAGGGACCCCUUCCCACGCCCAACUUCUGCUCUUGCUUUAGUGCAAUGAUCUUUUUUUUCCUUAGUGUGCACUCUUUGCCUCUUUUUCUAUUUUUGUUUCUUUAAAUCUAUAAAUAAAUGACCCCAAAGAGGAAAAAGGUGCUUUUUCAUGCUCAUCUGGGGCUUGGGAGACCGUGCAAGGGUUUUUGUUAGCAGGAGAAUGGGUAGGGCUUGCUCCAGAGAUGCUGGUGGAGCAGCACCUGGCUGUGUCUCACCCCGGUGGCUCCGGAGCUUGCUAGGUGCCUGCUCAGGCUGUGCUUAGCCUCUGCUGCUGUCACGCUCCGUCCCUGCAGGGACAUGGUUUGGGCACCCCCAGUUUUCCUCUUGACCUCGCACCGUCCGUACCUGGACAUGGGCGCUUCUGUGUGGUGACCUUGGUUUUGCUUCUGUGGCCUUCCAUGCACCAGCGGUCAGUGUUCUGCUGCUCCUGUCCUUCUCUGUCUCCUCUCUCUGCCUGCAUCCAGGCAGGACACCUUCCUGCAAGCCACCAUCUCUGCUGCCACCUCCUCCUCUGGCUUCUGAGAAGACCCCUUGAAGCCUCUCCAAGGAGACCUCAAACCCGCGAAGCUGAGCAGUGCGUGGAUGUGACGGAGCCACGGCUCAGCUCUUCCAUCGCCUCUCACCUCUGCUCAGGAUUCGGCCAACUGAUCUGUCCUCCUCGGGGUGGGGGGCUCAGCUCCAGGUCUGCAUCCAACAGGUUUGGAUAGUAUUUUCCUUGGAGAAGAGACUGGUGGUGCUGCAGUCCCAUGGAGCUGCGACAGGCGUGGUUUUUGUCCGUUGAUGGUUGGGGUUGCCCUGCUGGAAACCACAUCCAGCUCAAAGCUAGGGAAUCUCUUGGGGAGAAAUCCUGGCUGAUGGGACUGUUGGUCUGGUCUUCAAUAAGCAAUAUCUGCUGUUAUGGCUGGAAACCCUUUACUAUUGACCUUUAAAUUAAAAAUAUUGAGUUAACUUU